ACAGAAGGGCCACUUCUGUCUGGAAUCUUGUGUUUAUGUUUAGCUUAGCUAACAGGGCCAUCAACCUAGGGAUGAUCGCGAAGCCCUACUCUCGUCUUAUUGGUGGUACAGAUUGGUCAGUCACUCUAGGAGGGCAGUGGAGACCUGAGCUGGUAGAGUCGUGGGACUGAGAAACGUGUUUGCUUUGAGCACAAGGUUAUGGUAGAUGUGGUUUAGAGUGAGCAGGAUUUCAGUUAACCACUCUGGAGCUAGCGACGUUAGAUGUGGCUUGGAUGUACAAUCGCCUGUAAUCUUCCCUUAGUGAAGCCAAUCUGAAAAAAAUCCUUCUCCGAAGGAGUGCAUUGCGGGCUUUUUAUAACGCUUGUACCGCGCUGAAACCAAGAGCCGGAGUGGGAAGCGCAGUAUAAGGAAGCGGUUAAGCUUUCACCGCGUGCAUUGCGGGCUUUUAAAAAAUCAGGAGCGCGCGAAAGAGAAGGAAACCUCUUCGAGGGGCGUCUAUCGUUGUAGAAGCUCCGUAAUUAAGACGCCAUUCGCGACGUGCUGUUCAGACUUUCGUGCCAGCGCAGGAAGCGACAUCUCCUUCACACAAAGUAGAUAAAGUCUACUAGAUUGAGAAUCCUCUCGCGAAUUUACUUCCGCCUCUCGUCCGACGCACGAAAACCGCGUUUGAUAAACGCGGGUGGUCUCCCCUGCAGUGAAUACUCCUUCGUGAGCGACAUGGCGAACGGCGCAUUUGGGAGGAAGUUGAAGCGGAUCGUGUCGCCGAAGCCUACUCCGAGUCCCAAGCCUACUCCGAGUCCCAAGCCUACUCCGAGUCCCAAGCCUACUCCGAGUCCCAAGCCUACUCCGAGUCCCAAGCCUACUCCGAGUCCCAAGCCUACUCCGAGUCCCAAGCCUACUCCGAGUCCCAAGCCUUCUCCCAAGCCUACUCCGAGUCCCAAGCCUUCUCCGAGUCCCAAGCCUUCUCCGAGUCCCAAGCCUUCUCCGAGUCCCAAGCCAUCUCCGAGUCCCAAGCCUUCUCCAAGUCCCAAGCCUUCUCCGAGUCCCAAGCCUACUCCGAGUCCCAAGCCUACUCCGAGUCCCAAGCCUUCUCCGAGUCCCAAGCCUUCGCCGAGUCCCAAACCUACUCCCGGCCCUAAUCCAGCGCCAGUCCCUUUGCCGAUCCCUCCCACUGACACCGAGCCCGGACCGACCCACGGUCCCAUCUCCGGCUAUCUCGUUGCGGGGGUGGUGGGGCUGCUGGCGGCUGUCUUCCUCGCGCUGCUGAUUGUCAUCAUUCUCAAGUGGCGCAACUUUCGCAAGCCGCGGCGGGUGGUCCCUGUGGGAAAAGACGCAGCAGACGAGGCGGGGGGGAAGGUAGCUGAUGCGAAGGGAGGGCAGGGCGACACGGGGGACUCGGGCGAAGUCAAUAUCCGCUGGGCUCCUGCGCUGGGAUUCUCGUUGAUGGAUCGCACCAUAACGCGUAUACCCUCUGGGAAAGAGCUUUCGGAGGUUACUCAGUCUGGGCGCAUGGUGUUUGCUGAGGCAAAUGAAUCGGAGGGUGACGUAGAAGGGGUGCUCCAACAGCGGCGUCCAAAGGGGGGGUAGAAAGUCGUAAGGAUGGGUGAGUUUAAGGAGCAAGGAAUUUGAGUGACAUUUGUGAGCAAGGUACAGUAGUGUAUGUAGCAGGACCAAGGGAGGAGAGGAGGAAGAGUGCAAGGAACAAGGUCAUAUGUGGCUAGCUUUCUCUUAUUGGCUCUUGUUGGCUUGAAUUAUUGUUUGGCUAUUUUGUUUUGAGUGAGAGGGUCAAAUUUGGAUGGGUAAUC